GAGCCGAGAGCGCUGCUCGGAACUGCCUGGAAACUUCAGUGGGGCGACAACUUUUACCAGUUUCAGUCUAGGAACUUUUCUUUGCAAGAGAGACGGGGUGAAAGUGGCCCCGGUUUCGUUCUCUCUUCCCUUCCUUCUCAUACUCUCCGAAUCGCCUUCCCCGGGUUUGGAGCGUGCAGCUGAGUACCGGCCACCCAGCGCCUCUGCUAAGUGCCCACAGUCGCAGCCCGGUGACGCGCCAACCUCCCCAGGAGCGGCUCGCUCGGCGUCCGCGUUCGGGCAGCCUAGGAAAGAGGAGCCCUAGCCGCCCCGGCUUCUCGCCUUUCCCAGCCACCCACCCCCUGCCCCGGGCUCGCGUAUGAAUCUCCUGGACCCCUUCAUGAAGAUGACCGACGAGCAGGAGAAGGGCCUGUCCGGCGCCCCUAGCCCCACUAUGUCCGAGGACUCGGCUGGCUCGCCCUGCCCCUCGGGCUCGGGCUCUGACACGGAGAACACACGACCCCAGGAGAACACGUUCCCCAAGGGCGAGCCGGAUCUGAAGAAAGAGAGCGAAGAAGACAAGUUUCCCGUGUGCAUCCGCGAGGCGGUCAGCCAGGUGCUGAAGGGCUACGACUGGACGCUGGUGCCUAUGCCGGUGCGCGUCAACGGCUCCAGCAAGAACAAGCCACAUGUCAAGCGGCCCAUGAACGCCUUCAUGGUGUGGGCUCAGGCUGCACGUAGGAAGCUGGCGGACCAGUACCCGCAUCUGCACAACGCGGAGCUCAGCAAGACUCUGGGCAAACUCUGGAGGCUGCUGAACGAGAGCGAGAAGAGACCCUUCGUGGAGGAGGCGGAGCGGCUGCGCGUGCAGCACAAGAAAGACCACCCCGAUUACAAGUACCAGCCACGGCGGAGGAAGUCGGUGAAGAACGGGCAGGCAGAGACCGAGGAGGCCACCGAACAGACUCACAUCUCUCCUAACGCCAUCUUCAAGGCGCUGCAAGCCGACUCCCCGCACUCCUCCUCAGGCAUGAGCGAGGUGCAUUCCCCAGGCGAGCACUCCGGGCAAUCUCAGGGUCCACCGACCCCACCCACUACUCCCAAAACCGACGUGCAAACUGGCAAAGUUGACCUGAAGCGAGAGGGGCGCCCUCUGGCAGAGGGGGGCAGACAGCCCCCCAUCGACUUCCGCGAUGUAGACAUCGGUGAGCUGAGCAGCGACGUCAUCUCCAACAUCGAGACCUUUGACGUCAAUGAGUUUGACCAAUACUUGCCGCCCAACGGCCACCCUGGGGUGCCGGCCACACACGGCCAGGUCACUUACACCGGUAGCUACGGCAUCAGCAGCACCGCAGCCACCCCUGCGACCGCGGGCCACGUGUGGAUGACCAAGCAGCAGGCGCCUCCCCCUCCUCCGCAGCAGCCCCCUCAGGCCCCGCAAGCCCCGCAGGCGCCUCCGCAGCAGCAGGCACCCCCGCAGCAGCAGCAGGCACCCCAGCAGCAGCAGGCACACACGCUCACCACCCUGAGCAGCGAGCCAGGCCAGUCCCAGAGAACGCACAUCAAGACGGAGCAGCUGAGCCCCAGCCACUACAGCGAGCAGCAGCAGCACUCCCCGCAGCAGAUCGCCUACAGCCCCUUCAACCUUCCGCACUACAGCCCCUCCUACCCGCCCAUCACGCGCUCGCAGUACGACUACACAGACCACCAGAACUCCGGCUCCUACUACAGCCACGCAGCGGGCCAGGGCUCAGGGCUCUACUCCACAUUCACUUACAUGAACCCUGCGCAGCGCCCCAUGUACACCCCCAUCGCUGACACCUCCGGGGUCCCUUCCAUCCCGCAGACCCACAGCCCGCAGCAUUGGGAACAACCGGUCUACACACAGCUCACCAGACCCUGAGGAGCCCUUGAAGAGGGAUGGGGAGGGAGCUGAUCAUUAAAAAAAAAAAAAA